UUACACAUGAACUAUCGACUAAGCCGGUUUUAGCUGACCUUCUCUAAUGUUUGAAAUAUAAAAAGUUUGAUGUUAUGGUUAUUGCAUUAUUUUUUGUUAUUAUUGAAAAGAGUUAAAUCUGCGUGAAUUAUUAAUUCGUAAACAUAUAUAAAAUGACGAACAUUACAGCCCGGGUUUUUGCGGCUAUGCAAAAUUUGGAUAUUGCAGCUCUUUCCACAUAUCCACCACACGAAAUUCGCCCAGUAUUACCUUCGUUAGUAAGGAUGAGUCUACUAUCACCGCUUGAUAACACGGAAUCAUCAAUGGAAUCGCGAAAACAGAUUUUAGCGGUACUAAUAGGUAUAGAAGUUGUAAACAGUAUAGUUUCGUACUUGCAAGUAAACUACCACGAGCUCGAACAAGAAUUGAAAAAGGAAUUGCAGGCUCGCCAAAAAUCUAUGUAUUUCGAAGGACAACAACCAGAGUUUGGUUUGCAGACUGGUAUUGCUCUUGGUUUUGAGCGUGCUGAUGUAACUCGGAAAGUGCGGGUUGUUUUGUCUGAAAUUUUUAAUAUUCAAUGGCAAUUAUCCGAUCAAAAAAACUUUUUACAAUCGGAGAUUUUAGAUGAUGGAAUUUAUUUGGAGGAGGUUGUCGACAUCUUGUGUAUCGCGUUAGCUGAACUUCCGUCAUUGCUAAAUAUUUUGGAAUUAGCUGAUGCACUAGUACACGUACAAAAUGGGCAACGUAUUAUUUGUGCACUAGUUGCAAAUUUCCCUGAUUGCUACAGAGAUGUUGUAACGCAUAUCAUUUUAAAUUGUGAUGAGGAAAGUAACGAAGGGAAGUUAAAGCUUUCAUUAUUGAUGGCGCUUAAUGAGAUGAAUCCGUCGCAAGCUUUGCCCACUAGGUCUAUAUGCGUUGAAAUUUUAAAAGUUCCAUCUUUUAUGUUAAAACUAUGUUUGAAGUUUCCUGAAGACUUGAUUGCGUUCCUGACUGGUAUGUUAUUGGGUAAUGACCAGAAUGUUCGCACUUGGUUCGCUAUUUAUAUACGUUCGAGUCAAAAAAGAAAAAGCGACGCCCUGAGCUUGGUUCGAGCCGAACUUUUACAGCAGUUACAAAAAAAUGUACAAAAAUCAUUCAGUCCAGGAAGUGGAGAAGAUUACACAGUACAAGGAGUGGUGUUAAUGCGUUUGUAUUGCGCUCUUCGAGGAAUUGCGGGGCUUAAAUUUAACGAUGACGAAGUUAAUGUCCUAACACAAUUAGUUACUAGUCGCCCGCAACCUACGCAAUCUGGACUUCGAUUUGUUUCAUUAGCACUUUGUAUGCUCAUUGCAUGCCCAUCUCUUGUGUCUACAACUGCUCUUGAAAAUAAAUCAGUUGAAUGGCUACAAUGGCUUAUAAAAGAAGAUAAAUUCUUCGGCAAAAAGUCGGAUACAUCUGCAUCGCUUGGUGAAAUGCUGCUGCUACUCGCAAUACAUUUUCAUAGUAAUCAAAUAACAGCAAUAAGCGAAUUGGUUUGUUCAACUUUAGCUAUGAAAAUUCCUAUCCGCCCAAACAGUACAAAUCGCAUAAAACAAGUUUUUACCCAAGAUUUGUUUACUGAACAAGUGGUUGCUUCUCAUGCGGUCCGAGUGCCAGUUACUCCAAAUUUGAAUGCAAACAUUUCGGGUUAUCUUUCAGUUCAUUGUAUCCACCAAUUAUUAAAAUCGCGAGCUUUUUUAAAACACAAAGUACCCAUUAAGUUGUGGAUUUACAAGCAAAUUUGUAGUUCUGUUCGACCGGUACAUCCAGUUAUGCCAGCUUUAAUAGAAGUAUACGUUAACACAUUGAUAGUACCAAAUCCGUUGGGAAAAGUGAAUGUUGAUCACAUGCACAAACCUUUUUCCGAAAAUGAAAUUUUAUACAUUUUCAAGUCGUCGAAAGCUACUACAAUUGAUAGUAAAAAUCUUUUCGGAGGCUCACAAAUGCUAGCCUCAGGCGCGACCGCUACGGAAAUGGAUGAAAUUAUGAGCAUUGAAGUCAAAUGCCCUUUAACCGCACAACUGCUUAUAUUAUAUUAUUUGGUGCUUUAUGAAGAUACACGACUUUCUAAUACACACAAUCAGUCUGUGGCUGGAAGGAAAAUAAAAGAGUACUCGAACAGUUUUCUGGCAGAGCUUCCAAUGAAGUAUUUACUGCAGAAGGCGGAACAUUAUCAGAACGAUUAUGCUGGCCUGUUUCAUCCAUUACUUCGUUUGAUUAUAUCUAAUUAUCCUCAUCUGAGUAUGGUAGACGAUUGGAUGGAGGAACAUUAUAUAUCCACUUCUGUUUCUCCAAAUCUCAUGGUGAAUAAACCAAUUGAUCGUUCUCUUGUAAUUAAAGCACUGGAGAGAAUAAAUAGUAAACCAUCGAUAGCAAUACGAGUUUUUAAAGCUCUUUUAAAGCUUCCUGCUGAAGACCUGGCACAGUACUCGGAUUUGAUUGUUGAAAACAUGUCACAGGUGUUUCAAAAAAAUGUUCCACGAAUAAUUCAAGAUCUUUAUAAAGAUAUCUGGUUGCGUCUUAAUUCUGUGCUUCCCACCAGUUUUUGGAAGAUGUCGUUAAAUUCUGUAAUGAAUUCAGAAAAUAACGCCGCAAUACGUACCUAUGUUAACGAAGAUUUAUUGGAUCCACUACAAGUUCUAAGGUGCGGCAAACAUGUCUUCUAUUCUCCCUAUACUUUAAUGAUACUACUACGCAUCCUACAGGGUAGUUUAGCGGCGUCCAAAGCUUUUCUCAACAUUCAAAUGCAAUCUAAACAAAUAUUAGAUAAAAAUGGUCAAUUGCAAUGUGACAGCGAACGAGACGAAUUGAAAACAGCUUUGAUUGCAUCACAGGAGAGCGCAGCGGUCCAUAUACUCCUAGAAGUCUUAGCAGAUAUGAAUAAAAACGCGGUGGAUACGGUAUCAACUUUUUCCUUACGAGAAACUCAAGGAAUAAUUUGCUCGUUUAUACAUCAAGCUUUUAUAUCCGAGCCUUCUUUGGCGAAACUUGUGCACUUUCAAACGUAUCCGAGGGAAGUUAUACCAAUGAUGGUAAUGGGAGUCCCGUCAAUGCACAUUUGUAUCGAUUUUCUUCAUGAAUUUCUCAGUAUGCCAGAAAUGGAUAAACAAAUUUUCACAAUUGAUUUAGCAUCACAUCUUGUACUUAAAUAUGCUAUACCAAAAAGUUUAAGUGUCUCGAAAUUCUGUAUUAGCACAGUUCAAUCAUCCCUAUCCUUACUUUCUACACAUGCUAAAUGCCAAUUUUUGAGCAACGUUCUUCCAGCCCUCAUCCGAUUCGCAGAGGCCUUUCCAAUUUUAGUUGACGACUGUAUUAAUAUUUUAAUGCUAACUGGAAGGAGUUUGCAUUCGCAAGGAACUUUAGGAAUCAACUCUACUCAAAUGCAACUUACAUCCAAUACAAAACAGAAAUGCUUCAAGGAUACCCAAGAAUAUAUAAGUAUGAUAGAGGAAGCAUUUGAAACGUUGAUAACGAAAAUAGUAAACAAAGUAGAACUGUACUGAAUAAAGUAAGAAAUUUCACGCUAAAGCAUUAUUUGCGUAUGUAUGUAUAUAAGUGCAUAUAUAAUAUUUAAUGUAAUAGGUAUAAAUUUAAUUGAGGAAGGAAAAUAAUCAUUUGUUUUUGCUAAUAAAACGUAUGUUGCGUGUAGAAAA